UAAUAUAUUGGAAUUGGUGUGUACCUAUGGGCUGUUACCUAUGAGAAUUAUUAUCUCAGGAAUUAAAUAACUUUGCUGCUGAAUUAUCAGCUUUAAAAAAUGCAAGGAAUUGGUUUACCGAUUCUUAUUAUUGUGACUUUUGUGGGUAUAUCUACUUCUACCCCGUUAGAUGAUUACGUACAUCAUGAUGACGGUUACUUUAACGUCGAGAUUGUCACCAACUGGACGAGAAAGGACGCGGCACAUACGUCAUACUUGCUCAACAUGACGUCACAAAAAUGGCUGACAGAAAAGAACGUGAGCAGAUCAGUGUGGUGGCAUUACCUUAUAGUGAAUAUCCCACAUUAUUUUGACCCUGAGAUGCAUGGGAGUGGCUACAUGAAGAUUGUGGGAGGGAAUAACAACAAUCCGGAUGCGGUGCCAGAUGAAACGGAUGACGAUAUCAUGUUGUCUGGUAUGAUGGCCGAAAGAACUGGAAGCGUUACAGCUAUACUCAAGCAAGUACCGAACCAGUACAUCGUAUUUGCAUCUGAUCCAAAACAAGCUAAGCGAGAUGAAGAUGCCAUUAUAGCUUUCACAUGGCGACAUUUCAUUGACGACCCGAGCCAGCCUGAAUGGUUGUUACGUUUACCGAUGACCAAGGCAGCAGUGAAGGCAAUGGAUGCCAUAAAUGCUUUUGUGCUCGACGUAGCAAAGAGGCCUGUGGAUAAGUUUUGUGUAGGAGGCGAAUCAAAGAGAGGAUGGACAACUUGGACAACAGCAGCGGUUGAUUAUAAGCGCGUGAAAUGCAUUACACCAAUCGUUAUGGAUGAACUUAACCUUGUUAAGAAUCUGCACCAUCAUUAUCGGGCUUACGGAGGUUGGACUUUCGAAUUCAACGAUUAUUACGAAGAAUUCGUCACAAGGGACUUAGAUAAUCCGAACACACAAUUAAUGGCGGAUAUUGUGGAUCCUCUAUCUUACAAAGAUCGGCUUACGAUGCCGAAACUGAUCAUCAGCACCGGUAGCGACGAGUUCUUUUUACCCGAUGAUUCUUAUUACUAUCUCGACCAGUUAACUGGACCAACGUAUCUAUCCAUGCUUCCUAACACUGAUCAUUCGUGCGACGGUAAAGAAGUCGAUAUCUUGCAUAACGUUGAAAGUUUCUACGUUAGCAGUAUGAAGGGCUACCCAUUACCUCAAGUAACUUGGAAGUUAACCAGCAAUAGCACAUACGGUUCCAUACAAGUUACUUCGCCAACCAAACCAAGUCUUGUCAGAGCUUUCUACGCUGUAACAGAGUCAUCUACGAGGAGAGAUUUCCGGCGCUACAAACUCAACGAAACAGAUCCAAUGUCAGGUCCAGUGCUUCAGAAGAUAUUGUGGGUAUUCGAUGGUGUUACGAAACAUAGCGACACAGAGUUCAGUGCUGCUUACUCUGCUCCUGCUAAAGGGUGGCUGGCGUUUUUCAUUGAGAUGAGUUACCCGGUUUCCGGUGGUUCAGUGAUGGUGGUAACAACUGAAACUAACAUGGUUCCUCAUGACUUACCUUUUCCUGAUUGCUCUGGGGAAGACUGCAUGGGAACGUUGGUGUGAUUGUUACCGGUUACUGCAUAUAGUAAAUGAAACUAAUAGAAGUAAUACGAAUGCAAAAUAAAACAUUACAGUGUCUGUAAAGUAGUACUAUAUAAUAAGUCUGAGAAAUAUUUAAAAUGCACUCUAUGACAUUCGUUACAGCAGUGUUCUAUUUCGCACGCUUCUUCUCGCCUACACGGCUGACAAUUUAGUUAAGUUUCUCACCAAGGACACACGGCAAAAUGUGUGUCAGCAUUGAACUUGGAAUCCGGUAUUCCUUUCCCACGAUGCCUAUAAUAAAACUACUGAACCAAAAUAGGAUUCAAAACUUACCCUGUCCAAUUUAAUCCUGCGUUUGUGGGGUGUCCAUAUAUAUAUCGUCGACGUGUUCGAUUAUUCACAGUGCGCGUUUAUUUCGUCAAUGGGUGAUGCACGUUAACAAUAAGCAAUUUCUAUUGCACUAGACACUUAGUACAUGUGAGUAAACGACGUAUAAAGCUACGCUGGUGUACGUGGUGAAAAAUGCAAGGGGGUUUCAAUCGAGACCAAAAACAUGGCGAAAAUCGAAGGGAAAUGGUUUUAACCAUCUGCGUUUGCUUUUCAAUUGUACUAUAUCUUUAGCGCUACAGUGUGAAAAUCACUUGAAAAUUUAAAUUUUAUGUUUAGGAGUUGGUUAAAAAGACGCUGCAUCAUUUUGGAUGCUGAUUGAAUUAUUAGAAUUAAGUUGGAAAUCUUAAGCUGCUGAGUGUUAAAUAUGGUUAUGAUGUCAUUGUUGAUGACGUCACUGAUACGAUGAUGACGUAUAAGAUCAGAUGCAAAUGUUAGGCUCAGGUAAAUCAUUCAAGGAGAGAAGUUGAGUUGCUGGUGUCAAUCAUUUGGAUGACGUGAUGAUGACGUCAUUCGUAAUCACAAAGACGGAUGACGUAACGAGUGGGUGAUGUUGAGAUUGCACAAGGGGCGUUACGUCACUCUGACGUCACGAAUAAA